AAUCGAAUCUUUUUCUCUCAAUUUGAAUAGCAUAUAUAAUCCCUAUUAUCACAACAAUUUUAAAAAAAAAGUAUUUCUUAGAAGCAAAGAAAACCAUUUGGGGAGGAAAACUAAAAAGAAAACAAUUAAAAAAAACUGUGUGUAUAUAGGGUAAAAACUUGACUCAUUUCCAGCAAGUUGAAGAGAAGUUUCAGUUGGCCAGUGAUUCUUGUUUCCUUGUUUAGAAACAAACCGUUUACUUCAUUAUCAAAAUUUAUUACUUCUGCCUUCAAUUAGGGUUCUACUUCAAGUUGGGGUUUCUCUGCAGAAGAAGAAGAAGAAAAUGGCAUUGUUGAACAAUUGUGAAAAUAUGGGGUUAGGCAUUGUGAGGAGUACCUCGUUUGGGCGAAAACGAGUCACUUUAUCGAAUGCAGUAGACGUUGAUUUCAUUUCAACAAUGCCCACGAAAAGAUUCUGCGGUCAGAACUCAUUUUCUACGAACGAGAAAUCUGGUCUUGAAUCCUUGCCUAAAGAUAUCUUGAUAAGGAUAGUGUGUGGAGUUGAUCAUGAUGAUUUGAAGAGUCUGUUUCAUGUAUCAACGGCAAUUAGAGAAGUGACUCUGAUUGCGAAAAGAUUGCAUUUUGAAUUUAGUACACCGAGAAAGACUCUUCCUUUUCGGAAUGUUUUUGAUGUGGAUACUGAUGAGGUAGAACCACCAAAUGCUCCAAAGCUGUCGAAGAUUACCAGGUCUCGAUUGAGCAGGAAAAGGCUGGCUGAGAUCUCUGUAGCCUUGUUUGCCUCGGAUGGCGAAGAAAAUUGGCCAUAGAGAGAGUUAUUUAUACAAUUGGAAACUGAGGUGUAGAACUAAAAACAGAUCAUGUAUAGCUAUUAUUGUAGUAGAAACCUAUGUUGCUCGGACUGUCCGAAAUGUCGGGGGAUGCAUGUCGGAUCCUUCAAAAGUAGUGCAUUUUUGGCGGAUCUGACACGGGUGCAACAACAUUUUGGAGAGUUUGCGCAAUAUAAGUAGAAACUCAAGAAGGAAAUCUUUUUCAAAAGGAAGUGCUUGAUCUGAUAUCUCACCGGGAAGAAAGGUUCGGGGAGAUGCACUUGAAGAUCACUUGCCCAGUUCUGGAAGGACAUGAGUGGAGAAUUGUCACCAGAUUUGAGCCGCCGUCAAUACACUGUUUCAUCGUUAGACGGAGCUCUCUCUUUAUCAUCCUCGUGCUAGAUGCCACAUUCUUUUUCCUACUUGCGAACCACAGGAACGCCUAGCGCGCAGAGGAAGUCCAACUCAAGGGGAGCUUAGAUUGCACAUACACUAUAAUGGUUGAACAGAGAUCAACGAAUGGACCAAGCACGACAGCGAUGCGAACCAGGUUUACAUGUCACAACAAAUUUUUACAAGCCAUUGUUUUUCAACUCUAUCAUUGAAGAUGGGCUUGAUUGUUUGUAUUGAUAGUUAGUUUUAGGGAUUCUAUUUGAAGGGGCUGCUCUGGCACUUCUGAUUUCAUAAGAAUUUCAGUUGUACA